AUGAAACUGAAUUUUUCAAAAAGGUCGUUAAAGUUGUUGGUGAUCCUAGUCUCCUUAAGGAUUGAAUUCCACUACCAAGAUUUAGACCAACCUCUAAUCUAUGAUGAUAUUGAUGAUGCUAACCUUAAAGAUACCAAGAAUAAAGUUAAUGAUGAUGACUUUGGCAAUGUUGUAGCCAUUAAUCCUUUCAACAAUAAAGCCAACAUUGUUACUGCAAUUGAAGAGCUUGAAGAGGGUGAUGAUUAUAGUAGUUAUAAAACUAAAACUCAAUACGAUAAUGGUGAGAAAACGUUAAAAAUUUUUGCUAGAGACAAAUAA